CCAUCCUUCCCUUCGAGCAAGCAGCAAGCACCAAUGGCAUCUCUCCUUUCCCCAGCUGCAACUGCCCUCCAUUGGAACCCCAAAUUUCCAUGGCUCUCUCCUACGAAACCCAUCUCCCCAAAUCACCUUUACUCAUUCACAGGCUCUUCUACAAAAUACCCGGGAAAGUGCAAAUAUGCAUUGUUCGGCACUAUCUCUGACGAUCUGUUGAAGAAUACUCUUCAUUUUGAUGAACUAGUGACUCUAUUCCCUUUCGUUAAAUCCGGGCUUUCGCAAAUUCAGAUAGUUUCUGAAGAUAUACCAGAAGCACAGAGAUGGAGCAUUCUGGUUUUUGCUGGUCUUAGUUGGGUUUACCUGACUGCAAGGCCAGGUGUUCUCAUGGGCGCCAUUGAUGCGUAUCUUUUAGCUCCUUUGCAACUGGGUUUUGAUAGCUUACUGGGAAGAAGGAGCUUGAAGAGGACUGACUUCGUUAUAGGGGAUAGAUUGGGAGAAGGAUCUUUUGGUAUUGUUUAUUCCGGUGUAGUUGUUCCGAAAAGUUUAAGUAUAGAAGAUCGAGUGCAGAAGAAGGCAAAAGCAUUAGAAAUAGAUGGCAAAGUGAAGCAAAAGGUUAUUCUUAAAAAGCAGGUGAAGGUUGGAAUAAAAGGGGCUGAAGAAUGCGGUGAUUUUGAGGAGUGGUUUAACUAUAGGCUAUCGAGAGCAGCACCUGAAACAUGCGCUGAGUUCCUUGGGAGUUUUGUUGCCGAUAAAACAAGCUCACAAUUCACAAAGGGAGGAAAAUGGCUUGUUUGGAAAUUUGAGGGGGAUCGAAGCCUGGCUGAUUAUAUGAAAGAUCGCAACUUCCCUUUAAAUUUAGAGUCCAUUAUGUUCGGCCGUGUCUUGCAAGGAUUAGAUUCUCUCCAACGGAAUUCACUGAUCAUCAAACAGAUAAUGCGUCAAAUCAUAAAUUCUCUCAAGAAGAUCCAUGACACAGGUAUUGUGCACCGGGAUGUAAAACCAUCCAACUUAGUGGUGACAAAGAAGGGGCAGAUCAAGCUUAUAGAUUUUGGGGCAGCCACAGACCUUCGGAUUGGGAAGAAUUAUGUGCCAAACCGUGGACUUCUUGACCCAGAUUACUGCCCUCCUGAACUUUAUGUGCUUCCUGAAGAAACACCUAAGCCACCUCCGGAGCCCAUUGCAGCUCUUCUUUCUCCAAUCCUCUGGCAGUUUAAUAGUCCCGACCUAUUUGAUAUGUAUUCUGCUGGCAUUAUACUGUUGCAAAUGGCGAUACCUACCUUGAGGUCUGCGGCAGGUCUAAAGAAUUUCAAUUCAGAGAUAAAGCAAGUUGGAUAUGAUCUGAACAAAUGGAGAAAGUUCACUCGGUUGAGGCCUAAUUUACAGCUUCUAGAUCUUGACUCUGGUAGAGGAUGGGAUCUAGCUACAAAGCUUAUUUCAGAGAGAGGAUUCCUCAGACGAGGUCGGUUAUCAGCUUCUGCUGCUUUGAGACAUCCAUAUUUCUUGCUGGGUGGUGACCAGGCAGCCUCUGUUCUUUCAAAACUAAGCUUGAGCAAGUAGCGAGUUACCCAGUAAUGCAUGUAUUGCAGAUCCUUCUUUUCCCUAAUUUCCCAUUUCUUCUAAUACUAAUGUUUUAGUUCAAAAUGGCAACAUUGUAGGGAGGUGGAUGCACUUGACACAAGGUCCAUCUUCCUCAGUGGACCUUAUUCCCAUGCAUCCACCUUAUGAUAUCUCUGCUAUAUGCUGAAGUUUGAUUACACCACACCAGUUGAGCAUUUCUUGACAAUCAAUCAGAAAGAAUAUUUAAUCAAUAAAACCUUCAAUUUGGAUCUUGGGAAGACA